AAAACAUCUUUGUCCCAUGCCAUGACGUCAGCAACUUGACAGCUCAGUCGGAUUCUUGCUCUGUUCAAUGUUUUCUUCUCUAUAUAAACAGAGCGUUUUAAACACAAUGAGCUGAGAGUACGUUUGUCAUUUUCUGUAUAUAAAUUCCCUACUACACGCUGCACCAUGUCUUUCUUCGUAGAUUCAGUGAUCAUGUUCACUUCUCAGGUGCUGUUUUUUGGGUUUGGGUGGCUGUUUUUCAUGAGGCAGUUGUUUAAAGAUUAUGAGGUUCGACAGUAUGUUGUGCAGGUGGUCUUUUCAAUCACAUUUGCCUUUUCCUGCACUAUGUUUGAGCUCAUUAUCUUUGAGAUCCUUGGUGUAUUAAACAGCACGUCCAGAUAUUUCCAUUGGAAGCUGAAUUUGUAUGUUAUAUUACUAGUUCUGAUCUUUGUGGUGCCGUUCUACAUUGGCUACUUUGUGGUCAGUAAUAUACGAUUAUUGCAGAGACAAAGGUUGCUUUUUUCAUGCGUGGUCUGGUUCACAUUCAUGUAUUUCUUCUGGAAACUGGGCGAUCCUUUCCCUAUACUUAGUCCAAAACAUGGCAUUCUAUCUAUAGAGCAGCUGAUCAGUCGUGUGGGGGUCAUUGGGGUCACACUGAUGGCUCUGCUGUCUGGCUUUGGUGCUGUGAAUUGUCCUUAUACAUACAUGUCGUAUUUCCUGAGAAAUGUGACUGACAGUGAUAUCCUGGCCCUGGAGAGAAGACUUCUCCAGACUAUGGACAUGAUUGUCAGUAAAAAGAAAAGGAUUGCCAUGACAAGAAGGCAAAUGUACCAGCGUGGAGAGGAGCAGAAUAAACAGACGGGAUUCUGGGGGAUGAUCAAGAGUGUGACCUCCUCACCAUCAGGCAGUGAGAAUCUUUUUGUGAUCCAGCAGGAAGUGGAUGCUCUGGAGGAACUCAGUAGACAGCUUUUCCUGGAGACCGUUGACCUGCAAGCCACCAAGGAACGCAUAGAGUACUCAAAAACAUUUCAAGGGAAAUACUUCAACUUCUUAGGGUAUUUCUUCUCCAUCUACUGUGUGUGGAAAAUAUUCAUGGCCACUAUAAACAUAGUGUUUGACCGUGUGGGGAAGACUGACCCAGUGACCAGAGGAAUCGAGAUCACAGUCAACUAUCUCGGCAUCCAGUUUGAUGUCAAGUUCUGGUCUCAGCACAUUUCUUUUAUCCUGGUGGGAAUCAUCAUAGUCACGUCAAUACGAGGCCUUUUAAUCACACUCACCAAGUUUUUCUACGCUAUCUCCAGCAGCAAGUCCUCCAAUGUCAUUGUGCUUGUCCUGGCUCAGAUCAUGGGAAUGUAUUUUGUGUCGUCUGUGCUCCUGAUGCGGAUGAGCAUGCCUUUAGAGUACCGCACUAUAGUGACGGAGGUCCUGGGAGAACUGCAGUUUAACUUCUACCACCGCUGGUUUGACGUGAUCUUCCUGGUCAGUGCUCUCUCCAGCAUCCUUUUUCUCUACCUGGCUCAUAAACAGGCACCUGAGAAGCACAUGUCCCUGUGACCUCACAAGUGACCUCAUCAGAGAGAGACACACAGGACUGAAGUGUCUCCUUCUUUUGUCUCUCCUUUUAGAAGGACUUUUAUGUCUCUGUCCUGUAAUGAGCAUUAAUGGGUCUGUAUUUCCUGAAUCAGGAGGUGCCCAGAAACAAGGUGUUUAUAUGACUUUGGGUUCAAAAAAUGUUGAUUUGCUGUCUCAUUUAAAUAAACUCAUAUUAAUGGAGGGGACAGAAUGGUAUACAGUGUGGGUGUAGUUUUUCUCAG